GCGCGGGCACGAGCAGAAACACAGAAGCGCGGGCAGCGCGAGCGCUCUUCUUUAUUCUCGCAGCAAAACAGGUCUAUAUUUUGUUGUCCGAGACUAAAAGUCUAGAAGGUGGGCGCCAUGGGAGUCCAAGGACUCAAGACCUACAUGGAGGGCAACAGCGACGUCCUGAAGAGGCGAAACUUUAGGAACAGCAAGCUCGUCAUCGAUGGAUCCAAUCUGUACUACAGCCUCUACUUCCAGUCUCACCUGGAUCAAGCGCACGGAGGAGAAUAUGAAGGCUUUGAGAAAGUGGUCAGUCGCUUCUUCGCAAACCUCAGAAUCUGCACAAUCAAGCCUUACGUCGUGCUGGACGGAGGGGACGACAUCAGCGAUAAGAAGUUCGACACCCUGAAGAAAAGAGCCGAAGACAGGAUCAAGAGGGCCGACGCCUUGUCCAAAGGACGACGAGGAGAAGCCCUUCCGAUCCUCAUCAAGAACGUCUUCAAGCAGGUCCUCAGGAAGCUCAAGGUGCCGCUUAUCCAGUGCGUCGCCGAGGCCGACUGGGAGGUCGCAGCUCUGGCUAAUGAGUGGAACUGUCCGGUUCUGUCCAACGACUCUGAUUUCUACAUAUUCGACAUCAAGGGAGGGUUUUUACCCCUUUUUGACUUCCACUGGAGGAAAGUGACGUCAAUCAGACAGUCAGACAAAAAGUACAUUCCAGCCAGUUGGUAUUCCGUCAGCAACCUGUGCAGCACCUUAAACUGCAUGAACAAGCAGCUUCUCCCUAUUUUCGCCACCAUCUUGGGCAACGACUACGCCCACCUGGACAAAACACUGUUUCCAAACUGGACAAAGUUCUCACUUACUCCUGGAGGAAACCGCAAUAUCGAUGGCUUGCUCAGAUGGCUGUCGCGCCAUAAGUGCCCCAAAGACGCCAUUAAAGCCCUUCGGAGCACGAUUACGAACCCGAGGGAUUCAGCCAUGGUCCUCAAGGUUCUCAAGCAGGGCCUGCAGGAGUACCGCCUGACUCCCAGCUCCAUAGCUCAGUUCUUCGAGAGAGGAGAACCACAGAGCAAGCUCCCAAGACCUUUACAGAGCCUGCCAGAGUGGUUCCUGAAGGCCCUGGGCGAGGGGAAGCUCAACUCCAUCCUUCUUGAUGUCCUCACGCUGCACAGGGUCACUCUCAACUUUUCAGUGCAGGAUUUUAGCCUCUGCAGCAACAACCUGACCUCCAGGCCCAUACGGCAGGUCAUUUACGGCUUAAUGCUGCAGGCCGCCACAGAAGAAGAGCGGUACGAGGUAGAGGAGUAUGACAGGCAGGGGCUGACGCUAACCAGCUCCACGGUUCCAGCCAUCCCGACAGACCUUCAGCUGGACACACUGUGGGAGACGCCACAGAAUCGGAGGCUUGAGGUCUUCUUGGACGCUUUGUGUGUGUCUCAGGCUUUUGACGAGCUCCUUGUUCCUGCAAACCUGCAGCUAGCCAUGUACGUCACAUGCUACUGGCUGAAACAUGCGGAGCCUGAGCCCAAACCAGAAUUCCUCUGGGCCUUGCUGGUCGGCCUGGUGUACGGAGAGCUGUCCAGAGAUCCACUCACAGAGAAAGAGCUGCCAAAAAGGCUGAGGAACCUGAAAAGCCGUAAAGAGGAGACUCCUCUGGACCUGGAGGCAGCUCACGCUUACAGUCAGUGGCAGGGCAGUCUGAGGGACAGUAUCUGCCUCAACCAGCUGCUGAACAAUCCAGUGCCUGAACCAGAAUACGCACGGUUGUAUAGUGGCCUGUUUGUGCACCAUGUUGCCAGUAAAUACCAGUCUCUGCUAGCUGAAGUUAAAGCCCUGGAUUUGUUCCAAAGACUGAGUACACUGGUGCAAAGCGAGCUGGAAGAAGACUUCACCUCUGAUGAAGAGGAUGAUGAAGAUCCACACAAGAGGGGGAAAAAAGGCAAUGCUGGUAUCCAAGAUGAUGAGAUUCGCAUACAAAAACGCCAGAGACACAAGCUCAAGAGCAGAACCAGCAAAACAGAUUUAAAGCUCAAGAAACCUGAGCGCUCCUACUGGGAAUAAAGGACAUUUUUUUUGACUCAGCAGUACAAGAAUUAUCGAUAUUCCUAACUGAGCGAUUCACUGAUACAAUGAACAAUUAAUUGAUUCAUUGAGUGAGUCACUAACUAUGUUUCCAUCUGCUUUAAGUGCAGGUUACAAGCAAGAAAACAAAAAAGUGCUGAACAUUUCUUGCAAAUUUCCUAAAUUUCUUUAAAUUCUUAUAGCGAUGGAAGAGCUUUGUGUAAUGAGGUCAUUUCCUGCCACGUUUUGCUUUAUCGACCAAGUCACACUUAUUAUUUCCACGUCCCUUAAUUUUCCACAGUCUAGCAAUAAGAAUAAGAAUAUGCAGCCACUCUGUAAAUAUUGGGCAGCUUGUUAUUCUUAGGCCUCAGUUAAUCGGCUACAUAGUCAAACAUUUAAAACCACAGUUUUCAUAUAAAAGGUCUGCGAUGUAAACCUGCGUGGUCAUUCGCUGACUCACUGACCAGGCAGACGGCUGUGAACUCUUUUGUCUGUCUGUUUGUUUUGGUGUGUACCAGCUUAAAUGAUUCAGACGGCUCACUUCAAUAUUUACACUCCUCUCCUUUUCUUGCUCAACCGUAUGAAAAUACUGUUGAUGUUCCCAGCUCAUCACUGUCGCUCUGAUUUUAACGUUUCUUUUAUUGUAGAAUGGACUUUUUCUACUGAACUGCAUGGAUUUUAAUGGGUUUUUCAGUAUUUUACUGAAUGUUUUUGAAUACAGUGCAAUAAAAUCUGUCAUGCAUUAAUAAGCUGUCAUAGGAAU